GAGCUGGGUUUGGAGUUCACGGAUGGUGCUUUGGUCAUUGCGGAUGAUGCAGCCGUGCACAGGGACGAAAAGUAUGCAACCCUCCGGAAGCUAUGGGAGGAGGAGAACAACUGCAUACUCCUCGGCUGCGAUCGGCAGCACCCUGUACAAGUGCCUGGUGGAUUUGGUGCAGCCGGCGCAGCAAACGACCAGUGGCACAACGCAUGGCGGCUCCUGCGCCGAGCCUGGCUGCGAAAGGCGGACGUCUAUGCCCGGCAGUGCCUGCGGCAGCACCGCUCGGGCAACAUCAUUAUGGCAGCUUGGCACCGCCUUGGGUACAUUGAUGUGGAGGAGCUCGCCAAGCGCAAGUUGGGUGGCGACCUUGAUCAGCUUGAUGCCGCCCUUUCACAUGUACCCCACUCCAUGGCCACCCUGUUGAAUUUGGACGCACUGCCAGACUUAGGGUUGGUGCCAGCUGCGGAGGAGCUGGACAACAGCAAAGUCUUGGAUGCGCUGAUCGGUUGCAAACAUGUUUGGUGGUUUCAUGACGAGGAGGACCUCUGCCGCCCACUCCCGGCUUGGUUGAACAAAGGUUUCACACCUUCACAACAAAAACGCUUCGACACAUGGACCACCCAAUCAUCACGGACCAUAUGGGUGCAGCCGACUCGGUGCACGGCAACCUUGCAAAGCGGCAAAGAUGGUGGCAAACUGCUGACCAUUCAUCUGUCCAGGGACCCAAAUGAGCUCUUCGUGCAGCUCGGUCAGGAUGCACCCAGUGACGUCGUGCCGGCAACGGUGGAGGCGGAACCAGCUGAGCUCCAUGGUGAGGAGAUCUUCAUGGAGGGUGAUGAGGUUGCUCCCGGCGAGCAGCCCCAGGCUGCGUGGGACUGCGUCUGGGUGACGGCCAGCAAACAUGAAUAA